UAGAUCUUCUAGAAAAAAAAUAAUUCACCGUGGCAUCCCUUCGCCCAACGUCUCGUCUCCUCUCCGCCAGGAUCGCACCCGGCUUGAUCUCCCGUGCAGCUAGGAGUCGCUUGACAGUCUAUCCGUCUAUCAUCCCUACGAACAAGACCUUCCGCGCAUUCUCAUCGAGUCCGUCUUCUUUCUUCCACGCAACAAAAGCUACAAUGGCUGGUGGGAACGUUAUUGUGAUCAACUCGUCCGCCGAGUUCAAGGAAAAAGUCAUCGAUGCCCAAGGCCCCGUGGUGGUCGACUUCUUCGCGACCUGGUGCGGCCCCUGCAAGAUGAUCGCGCCGCAGAUCGAGAAGCUGAGCGAGGAACACACUUCCAUCAAGUUCUACCAGGUGGAUGUUGACGCCCUGCCGGAGGUGUCGGCCGAGCAGGCCAUCCGGGCUAUGCCGACGCUGAUCUUCUUCAAGGAUGGCGAGAAGGUCGGGGAGGUCGUUGGCGCGAACCCCAAGGCGAUCGUUACUGGUGUUCAGCAGCUGGUGUAACUUGAUUCAUUUCAAUAAUAACUGAGAUAAUUCCAUAAUAACUGGAUGAACUCGAUAGUACUCAAUAAUGUACUCAAUAGUAUACCCCAUGGUACUCAAUAAUGGUACUCAGAAAAGGUACACCGUACCCGAUGAUAACUACAAUAACAGACUCAAUAAAAGCAACAAUUUUAGAUUCUCACCGAGUCUUAUGACGAUUGUCAAGCCACAUACACAUACUCAGACCACAGACUACAGUUUAGUAUAAGUUGAAACAU